UCUAACUUCGCCAAAUGUCUCUCACAGAUGGAAGAAUGAGAAUCGGGCAGAAAAUUCCCCAUGUAAUCUUCUUUCUUCUCCUCCUGGGAUCAGGUGAUUUUCAGGUUCGGGGGCUGACAGUUACUGGGAAAGAUGGUCCUACUGAAGCUCUUAGAGGAGAAGAUGUCACCAUCCCUUGUCUGCUGUCUGGUGUCCUUAUACCACUGAAUCUACAGAUAUUAUCAGUUAGAUGGAGUCGCAGAUUACAAAAUGGAACUGAAUACACAAUUUACCAAUUUCAUGAUUCCCACCAUCAAUCAUCCAGACCUGGAUCUCACAUGAAUGACAGAGACCUCCAACAAGGCAACGCCAGUCUUUCUAUACCCAACAUUCAGAUCACAGAUGAAGGGGACUAUCACUGCUCUGUUAUCGUCACUCCUGAUGCCGACUCCGCUACAUCUACUCUUCAUGUAUCAGUUAAACCACAGACCAACCUGAUUUAUAGAGGACUCAAUGAAGCUUUAUACCUGGGACCUGCUUCCUGCGAAGUCGGAUACCCGGGACCUGCUUUCUGUGAAGUCAGCAAUUUUUACCCAGAGGAAGUGAAGAUCCGGUGGGUUAAACACAGUAAAGGUAUCACCACCAGCACAUCUUUGGAUGAGGAUGUUUCUUUCACAACACCAUUAAGGAACAGAGAUGGGACAUUUAAUGUGACCAGUAUGCUGAAUUUGAGGCCGGAUAGUAGAGAUGAACCCGGAGAUAUAUUCUCCUGUAUUGUGACCCACAGAUCCCUGAAGGAGGAAAUUUCUCUCAAUUUCACUGUGCCAAGACCGAGUCCAGUGGUGGUUAUUAUUAUUCUUGCUUUGCUUGUUUUAUGCAUAGUAGUACUUUUAACAAUCCUUUGGAAGAAAUGUCUUAGAAAAGGUGAACCUUCUCUAUCUGAGAUCUCAGGUGAUGGACGUAUUCCUCAUAUGAAGAGAGGAACUCUAACCUGGCAGAUAACAAAUUUCAUAAAAAAAGAAAUCCAGAUAAAUGUAUAUCUGAAAAGACGUAAUGACAUAAAACUUCUUAUUUCCUCCUGGGAUUCCACAGACUGGAAAAUAUCAUACAAUGAUUCUUCUAAUGUUCUGUCUCUAUUAGAAAAAGGUGCUAAAUGUCGUACAUUGUUAUCUGUGGAAAUGGAAGUUGAGAUGACAAAAUCCUGGACUGGAAAGUACAAAUGUCUCUGCUCCAUAUCUAUCACCCCAGAUAAAUAUACAGAUGACGGUGCGGUGAUUGUUGUAGAAGUGGAACACCCUUCCCUAAAAUGGCCCGUCUCUGUACGCAGAACUCUGAAUGUGUACAGUCCAGUAGUAGGUAAACCUGUUGUAUCAGACAUCAGUGGGGAGAUGUGGAUUCCUCAUAUGAAGACAACUCUGUCAUGUCAGAUAACAAAGUUCAAACUGAAGAAACUUCAAAUAAAUUUAUACCUAAAAAGAUGUAAUGACAUGAAAAACCAUCUCAUCCAUUCAUGGGUAUCUGUGGACCGUCCAUCGAGAAAGGACAAUACUGCUGCUGGACGUCACAGUAGAGAUCCUAUUGAAGAAGAUUCUUUGCUGGAAGAUGCUGGGUAUGAUACAAUGUUACCGGUGGAGAUGGAAGAUGCUGGGAAUGAUACAAUAUUACCGGUGGAAAUGGAAGAUGCUGGGAAUGAUACAAAGUUACCAGUGGAGAUGGAAGUGAAGAUGACAAAAACAGAAGAUGAAAGCUACAAAUGUGAUUGUACAAUUUCUCUAACUCCAAACAUAGAUACAGAUGACGGCGCCGUACUUGCUGUGGAAGUUGAUCACGCUGCUCUGGAAUGGCCCGAGUAUAAAUAUCACAUUCUGAAUGUGAUCAAAGGUGAUAAACCCGGUUUAUGGAGAAGAUGGAAGAAGCGCGUUAUUAAAUGAAUCUGUAACAUGUACGGAGCAAACCUGACCGGGAUCUUCAGUGUACUACGAAUUCCAUGGCGGAAUCCUGGAUAUAUCAUAGACUGUAAAAGUGGACAAUUUCCCACUUGUUGACACUUGGCUUCUUACAUCAGGGUUUGACAAAUUUGCUUGGAAUCUAGGAGCCAGCUAAAAAAGUUAGGAGCCAGAAAACGCGC